AUGCAAUAACAAAAAUAUAAAAAAAAGAAAUUCCAAAAACAUUAACGAUCUGGUUAAUAAAAUUCUCAAUCAGAUUUUCUAUAUAAUGGAUUUUUGAUUACUUGUGAUAAAAAUAGAGAAAGAGAAGCUGUCAAAGAAGCUUAUUAAAUUAUUGAACAAUAUGUUGAAUUAAUAUAUCCGCAAGAAUCAUAAAAACAUGAAAAAUUACUUGAAUAAAAUACAAAUAAUAAAGCUAUUGUCAAAAUGCUUUAUAAUUUUGAUACUAAAGUCAAGUGUGUGAUUUUUAUCAGAAUAAAUAAUUAAGAAUUCCCUUCCAUAGAUGUUGAUGAAUUGAGUCGUAUAAUCUUAAGUGAUGUCUAUGAAAAGUAACAACAAGUUGCAAGAUAUAUAUACAGAAUGAUACCCAUUUAAUAUGUAUUCAGAGCAACUUUGGAUGAAUUUAAAAAACAUGCUUAAUUCCUUGUGAAUAAACACUUCUAAUUAGAUAGACCACAUCCAUGGUUUCUUAUAUUUAAGACAAGAUACACAGAUAAAAUCAAUAAACAAUAAGUCUUAUCAAUUUUGUAAGGCUUAAUAGAACCUUUACAUUAUUAAGAUUGGUAAGAACCUGAAUUUGUUUUCUUUGUAGAAGUAAAUGGAGCCAUUAUGUAUAUCAAUAUUCUACCAAAAUAUCAUGAAUAUAGAGAAUACUCUAUAAGAAAGGGUGGAUAACCUGUAUAAGAUAUUGAUAUUCCUGAAAGAAAAAAUAAUUUUGUAGACAAAAUAGUGAAGAAGGUAAGAUGCCAGAAUGAAUAAGAAGUAAAAAAUGUAAUAAACAUUUAAGAUCCGAAUUCAGAUUUCUAGAAAAAAGAAUUCUUUGUUGAAUAGGAUGUAGAAUUAUUAUGA